CCUGCACACAACGGCUGAAAACUUCCACUGCAUCUCAUUCUACAACACUGCCGAGCAAUGAAGAGAUACUUCUGCUCUAAACACCUGCUUUGAGCAAAUCAAAGGAUCUUUGUAAACUGAGAGAAAGAGCAAAAAACUUUGCCAAGAUGAUUUCUGCAUGUCUGGAGAUUAUUGGACUUGGCUUGAGCGUCACCGGGACCCUUUUGGUGAUGGUGGCUUGCGGGCUGCCCAUGUGGAAAGUGUCCGCCUUCAUCGAGGGCAACAUCGUGGUGGCACAAAACAUCUGGGACGGGCUGUGGAUGUCCUGCGUGGUACAGAGCACGGGUCAGAUGCAGUGUAAAAUGCACGACUCCGUCCUUGCACUGACCACUGACCUCCAGACUGCUCGGGCUCUGACGGUCAUCUCAGCGGUUUUGGGGGUCCUGGCUCUGAUGAUAACCAUCGCCGGCGCUCAGUGCACCAACUGCAUCACUAAGCAGUCCAUCAAAGCCAAAGUAGUCAACGUCGGAGGGGUGAUAUACAUCAUCGCAGGCUUGUUUGUGCUAGUGCCUCUGUGCUGGAUGGCCAAUAACAUCAUCUCAGACUUCUACGACCCUCAAGUGCCUUAUUCAAAGAAGAGAGAAAUUGGAGCUGCGCUCUACAUCGGAUGGGCAGCAUCUUCCAUGCUUCUGGUCGGAGGAGUGAUUCUUUGUUUCUCUCGUCCACAUGAUGAGAAAACCUCAUAUCCUCUCAAAUAUGUACCUCCACCUAUAAAAAGUGCAUCAGUUAAUGGGGACUAUGAUAAACGAAACUACGUGUGAGCCUCAGUGUUCAACCAUGGACUAGUAGGUUCGAAUUUAUAUGAAAAUGUAAAUAUGAAAAGUACAAAUAUUGCACAUUCAUUAAAAGUGCGUAUUUACUAAAAAAAAGAAAAAAUAAUUUAAAAUAGCUUAAAUGAUGAAAAAUUGCCAG